AUGAACAAAAGCCCAACUGCCUACGUUGCGGCAGAGAUCCAGUACGAUGACAGCAUUGUAGGACACAGUGAUCUUCAGGAGCUGUUCACCCAAGACAAUGACUCUGGCAUGGGCGAGCAGUUCUUCUCAAAACUAGAGGAAAUCGCUGAAGUCUCCCUCGACAGCGCCAAAAGGCGUGCAGUGCUAGGGCUCUUCGAGGCAUUUGCUCAAAAGAAGAUCGCCAGAACGAACGAAAGCCACGGCCCGCAGCAUCCAGGAGGCGCAUGUACUGCAUCUCAAAAAGCCACAUCCUCAUCGACUAUGAAAAACCUGUCUGACGCGAGGUGCGUUGAGGACUUCGCUUCGUCGAUUCACCAAGACGCAUCUGUUGCGUCACUGGUACUAGAGACCGGUAUAGACGGAAUUGAUGACACCACGGGCGUUUCUUCAUGUUUCGCUACUUUCGGUUCAAUCGAUGAACACGACUUCACUCAGGCGUUAUGGGAUGAUCAGAUUCCUUCAUUGACACAGUGGCAAGAGGCUGAUUCGAACUGUAUUGAGGGAGGCCUCAACCAAUUAUGCAGCUAUCCAUCCAACGAAUAUCUGGACAUGGCCGCUAUAUGCCCAAACAAUAUCCUACAUGAAGCAAGCAGCGUCUAUAAUGGUGUUGGAAAGCACAUGGCAUCGAACUCUCUGACACUGGCGUCAGUAGAAGCGGCCGUGGCAGACGAGAAGCGCGAAGAGGCCGUCAACAUCAACAACAAUGAUAGAGGCAGACACCAACAGAAUGAUCAAGGCUAG